GUGGAUUUGUUUAAUGCAGGAUAAGUUAAAGUUAGACCUGCGAUGAGCGAUUUAUUGGAAGAAAAACCGCAACUGAAAGGAAACCACGACUGAAGACGAGGGAACAGCAACAAGUGAACCAGCCCGAAGACUGAGAGCACCGACUGGACAGAACCCUCCUGACUCAGAGUUUCCAUUGAUUCGGUCAGCAGAAAGUCUGAUUGUACCUGUAUUAAGGUGUAAAAUCCCGCUCCCCAUACUAACACUGGUUAUCCAGACCAAAGAACAAACUGCCGCAGGAACUCAGUGGGUCGGGCAGCAUCUGUGGAGGGAAAUAGACCGUCAACAUUCCGGCCGAGAUCCUCCCUCUGGACUGAGAGUGGACGGGAAAUAGUCAGAGAAAAGAGAACAGUAAAAAUUGAUAACACCUGUCCCCAAAAUGCAUCAAGGUUCCAGCAGUGGAGGAGCUCCAGUGACGUCAACAACGGGAAAGGACACGGGUCCGAGCUCAGUGAUCACCGAGCUCCUGUCAAGCUGGGACGAUUCCCAGCUGCUGCAGUUGACGGAUAUCUACCGAGACAGGCUGGAGCAGGCGAUGGAAGGAGGGGUGCACGGAGUGAGCCUGGCGUUAACGGCCGAGAAUCAGUUCAACGGAGAGGAACAUCGGAAAAUCUCAGAUCUCGCUGAUAAGGGAGAGCGGGCGGACAGUUCUAAACUCCUCCUGAGCCUGGUGAUGGAGAAAGGCUCCCGCGCCCGAAGGGUGAUGUGGGAAACCUUUGUGAAAAUGCGGAUUGGUGUUCCAGAGAUGGACAAAAUACUGAAAGAAAUACAGGAACAUGGUUGUGAUCCUUCCCAUCAACCAAUUUCCGCUCAACUUUUACUAAAGGUUCUCAGUGAGCUGAAAGAUGUUCAACAGAAACACAAGGAGACUCUGCGGGCACAAACUGAAACACUGAGAGUGAACACGAUCCUGAUGAGGGAGAAGGUGAAGGUUUUCCAGCUGGUUGAUCGAUACGCUGAGCUCACGGUCAUUUCUACUGUUCGAGACCGGCUAAUGGUGGAACAUGAGCUGCUGGCAAGAGGCAGAGACCACGAGGAGUGGAGAGAGAAACAUCUCCGUGGAAAGCUGGAAAAAAUCCGGACUGAUCAGUUGUUCCAGAGCAGCUUUUCCCAGAGUUUAUCCAAAUCUGGGAGUUCGGCAGCAGUGGCCGGAGUCCCGGGGAUCGGGAAAACAACAAUGGUACAAAAGAUUGUUCAUGACUGGGCCACGGGGAAAAUAUACCAACAAUUCCAGUUUGUCUUCAGUUUCAAAUUCCGCGAUUUAAAUAAUAAAUGCAGAAUAAAUCUGAAGGAACUGAUCCUGGAUCAGUAUCCUUACUUUGGGAAUAUCCUGAGAGAAGUCUGGAAGAACCCAGAGGGAUCGCUGUUUAUAUUUGAUGGUUUGGAUGAAUUCAAUGACCAAAUUAAUUUUUCUGACGGUCGGAGAGACACGGAAACUCGGUCCACAUGCACAGAUCCUGAAUACAAGUGCAAGGUGUCUGACAUUGUGUACAGUUUAAUCCAGCACAAGCUGCUCCCAGGGUGUUCAGUGCUGGUGACCACCCGUCCCACUGCGUUACAUUUAUUGGAAAAGGCUGAGAUCGGUACCGAAGCUGAAAUCCUGGGAUUUUCAGGUGAGGAACGGAAGGAAUAUUUCAUCAGACAUUUUGAAGAUCAGACGGUGGCGGCAGCUGUUUUCAAACACGUGAAGGAGAACGAGAUCCUGUACACUAUGAGCUACAACCCCUCCUACUGCUGGAUCCUCGCCCUGGCACUGGGCCCCUUCUUCACACAAAGAGUCAGGGACCCGCAGCGAGUUCCCAAGACCAUCACCCAACUGUACUCCUACUAUAUUUACAACAUCCUGAAAAACCACGGCCGUGAGAUUGAGAUCCCUCGUGAUGUGUUACUCAGGGUUGGUCAGAUGGCCUUCAGAGGAGUGUCCGAGAAGAAGAUUGUGUUUACAGAUGAUGAUUUGAUCAAGUACAAUCUGCAGCCUUCCCAGUUCCUGUCCGGGUUCCUGAUGGAGCUUUUGGAGAGAGAGGAUUCUGCCCGAAGCGUGGUGUACACAUUCCCACACCUCACCAUCCAAGAGUUUGUAGCUGCAGUCGCACAAUUCCUGAAUCCACAUUCCAGGAAUAUCCUGAAAUUCCUCACUGAAGUCCACAGCACAACAGAUGGGCGGUUUGAGGUAUUUCUUCGUUUUGUUGCUGGUCUCUCCAACCCAAUGGCAGCUCGGGGCCUGGAGGAGUUUCUGGGUCCAUUUCCUCAUCAAACAACCUGCCGGGUGAUUGACUGGGUGAAGGAGGAGGUUAAACGUCAGAGUGGAAACACAGGGAUUGAAGCUGGUAAAAGGAGCCUCCUGAACACAUUGCACUACCUGUUUGAGUCUCAGAAUCGUGGACUGGCUCAGGCCGCACUGGGAUCUGUGGAAACACUUUCAUUCAGUGGAAUGACACUGACCCCGAUUGACUGCGCAGUCCUGUCUCAUGCCAUCGGACUCUGUGAUACAAUAAAACACCUCGACCUGGGGAACUGCCACAUUCAGUGUGAAGGAAUCCAGCGGCUGGGACCCGGGCUGCUCAAGUGCCAGGAGUUGAGACUUGGGCAGAAUGAACUGGGAGAUUCAGGAGUGAAGCUGGUGUCUGCGGCUCUGAGGAACCCGGAGUGUAAAAUACAGAUACUGUGGCUGAGGAAGGUCGGUCUCACAGGUUCUGGUGCCGAGGAUUUCGCCUCCACUCUCAGUGCAAACCGUACACUUACAGAGCUGAACCUGAGUGAUAAUAAGCUGGGAGAUUCAGGAGUGAAACUGGUGUCUGCGGCUCUGAGGAACCCGGAGUGUAAAAUACAGAAACUGGGGCUGGACAGUGUCGGUAUCACAGAUUGUGGUGCCGAGGAUCUCGCCUCCGCUCUCAUUACAAACCCAAUUCUGACGGAGCUGAACCUGAGUUAUAAUAAACUGGGAGAUUCAGGAGUGAAACUGGUGUCUGCGGCUCUGAGGAAACCGAAGUGUAAAAUACAGAAACUGGUGCUGAGGAGUGUCGGUCUCACAGAUUCUGGUGCCGAGGAUCUCGUCUCCGCUGUCAGUACAAACCCAUCACUGACUUGGCUGAACCUGAGAUACAACUCUCUGACAGACCGUUCUGUCCCCACUCUCCGCCGCCUCAUAUUGACCCUCCCGAAUCUGAAGCGGAUCCGGCUGGAGUACAAUCGGUUCACUGAGACCGGGAGGAAGGAACUGAGAUCUCUACAGGAACCCAGACCCGGACUGAGAGUGGAUCUGUGAACAUCUGAAUGUGGUGAAUCGGUUCAGUGAGACCGGGAUGAAGGAACUGAGAUCUCUGCAGGAACCCAGACCCGGACUGAUGGUGGAUCUGUGAACAUCUGAAUGUGGUGAAUCGGUUCAGUGAGACCGGGAUGAAGGAACUGAGAUCUCUACAGGAACCCAGACCCGGACUGAGAGUGGAUCUGUGAACAUCUGAAUGUGCUGAAUCGGUUCAGUGAGACCGGGAUGAAGGAACUGAGAUCUCUGCAGGAACCCAGACCCGGACUGAGAGUGGAUCUGUGAACAUCUGAAUGUGGUGAAUCGGUUCAGUGAGACCGGGAGGAAGGAACUGAGAUCUCUACAGGAAGUCAGACCCGGACUGAGAGUGGAUCUGUGAACAUCUGAAUGUGGUGAAUCGGUUCAGUGAGAUCGGGAUGAAGGAACUGAGAUCUCUACAGGAACCCAGACCCGGACUGAGAGUGGAUCUGUGAACAUCCGAAUGUGUGAACAUCCCCGCCCGCGGGAUGGGGACAUUUGGCCGACUCCCCGCCCUCCCCUUUAACUCCCGCCCUUACCUUUAACGGCCGCGCGCCUGGUUCAACUUUCAACGGUUUUAACGGACCCGGCUCGGGCCUCGCGCUGUGUGCGUCGCUCGCAGCGGUCCCGCAGUGACGUGUUUCCGCCUGUUGUCCGGCGGGACAGCUUCCGCCAGAAGUGCGUGUUGGAGACUCCCCACGUGGCACCCCGGGGAAUUACCCGGACAGGAAGAGCCCGGGGUCCAGGGCUCAGUCUGGGACACCAGUGUCCCGGGGUGGGGGGGAUGAUCCCGGGAGAGAAUCCUUUUGCCCCCUUUGCUGAGGACGGUGUAUUCGGCAGCCUGGCCGAUAUAAUGAUGUUAAAUGGACAAAUCCCCCGGCAGUGACCCUGGAUCUGCAGCGAUCCCGGACACGGCCCCGAAGUGUGAUUUUAUAAUCAUCGGUUCCCCGAUGCAGAGUGACGGUGAGAAACGGGACUGAUUAUUCAACCGGUCACUCGUUGUCGCCGGUCAGUUAAUUGUGUGUGACUGUGAGUGAGUCGGGAGCAGCUUAUUUAUUCCCGCACGUCAGCAGCUCACACAUUGUUUCAUUCACAUUUGUCUUGAUGAAAUCAAUAAACCACUGUAACUUCCUGU